GUCGCUCGGGUGUACACAGCAUACUGAACUGCUCAGCAAGGACAUAUAUUCCAAGGACAGACAGUUCAGUUUCAGGCAGCACCACGUUGACAAGAUGCAACUGUUCGUUAUCUGCCUGCUGGUGGCCAGCACGGCCGCGUUCACGAUGUUUGGCCCCCACAUCCGCAUCGUGCCCGGCCAGAAACCCAAUGAGAUAGUCCUGCACUUUCGCAAUCCGUGCAACAACAAAACCAGCACAACCACCCUGAAGCCGCCACCGCCUCCUUGCCCUUCUCAUCCCACCACGCCCGCUUGUGAGCACCGCAUUACCAGUCCGGCUCCGACGAAGCCGCAUUGUCCACAUGCCACCGCUACUCCGCAUAAUUGUGGUCACGACACUACGAGCUCCAGCAGGGCAACCACACCAAAGCCCACACUGGAAACAACAAUAGGGACAACUUUUAAAACAACUCAGAUCACAACACGAGGACCAACCACUCAGAAACCAACUGAGGGAACUAGUGCCCAGCCAACAACUCUAAAACCUACCGAGGGAACUACGGCGAAGCCUACAACUCUGAAGCCAACUGAGGGAACUACGGCGAAGCCAACAACUCUGAAACCAACUGAGGGAACGAGUGCCAAGCCAACAACUUUGAAACCAACGGAAGGAACGACGGCCAAGCCUACAACUCUGAAACCAACUGAGGGAACGAGUGCCAAGCCAACAACUUUGAAACCAACGGAAGGAACUACGGCGAAGCCUACAACUCUGAAACCAACUGAGGGAACUACGGCGAAGCCUACAACUUUGAAACCAACUGAGGGAACUACGGCGAAGCCUACAACUCUGAAGCCAACUGAGGGAACGAGUGCCAAGCCAACAACUUUGAAACCAACGGAAGGAACGACGGCCAAGCCUACAACUCUGAAACCAACUGAGGGAACGAGUGCCAAGCCAACAACUUUGAAACCAACGGAAGGAACUACGGCGAAGCCUACAACUCUGAAACCAACUGAGGGAACUACGGCCAAGCCUACAACUCUGAAGCCAACUGAGGGAACGAGUGCCAAGCCAACAACUUUGAAACCAACGGAAGGAACGACGGCCAAGCCUACAACUCUGAAACCAACUGAGGGAACGAGUGCCAAGCCAACAACUUUGAAACCAACGGAAGGAACGACGGCCAAGCCUACAACUCUGAAACCAACUGAGGGAACGAGUGCCAAGCCAACAACUUUGAAACCAACUGAGGGAACGAGUGCCAAGCCAACAACUUUGAAACCAACUGAGGGAACGAGUGCCAAGCCUACAACUUUGAAACCAACUGAGGGAACGAGUGCCAAGCCAACAACUUUGAAACCAACUGAGGGAACGAGUGCCAAGCCUACAACUUUGAAACCAACUGCGGGAACUACGGCGAAGCCUACAACUCUGAAGCCAACUGAGGGAACGAGUGCCAAGCCAACAACUUUGAAACCAACUGAGGGAACUACGGCGAAGCCUACAACUCUGAAGCCAACUGAGGGAACUACGGCGAAGCCUACAACUCUGAAGCCAACUGAGGGAACGAGUGCCAAGCCAACAACUCUGAAGCCAACUGAGGGAACUACGGCGAAGCCUACAACUCUGAAGCCAACUGAGGGAACAAGUGCCCAGCCAACAACUCUGAAGCCAACUGAGGGAACUACGGCGAAGCCUACAACUCUGAAGCCAACUGAGGGAACAAGUGCCCAGCCAACAACUUUAAAGCCAACUAAGGGAACUACGGCGAAGCCUACAACUUUGAAACCAACUGAGGGAACGAGUGCCAAGCCAACAACUUUGAAGCCAACUGAGGGAACUACGGCGAAGCCUACAACUCUGAAACCAACUGAGGGAACGAGUGCCAAGCCAACAACUUUGAAACCAACGGAAGGAACGACGGCCAAGCCUACAACUCUGAAACCAACUGAGGGAACAAGUGCCCAGCCAACAACUUUAAAGCCAACUAAGGGAACUACGGCGAAGCCUACAACUUUGAAACCAACUGAGGGAACGAGUGCCAAGCCAACAACUUUGAAACCAACUGAUGGAACUACGGCGAAGCCUACAACUUUGAAACCAACUGAGGGAACGAGUGCCAAGCCAACAACUUUGAAACCAACGGAAGGAACUACGGCGAAGCCUACAACUCUGAAGCCAACUGAGGGAACGAGUGCCAAGCCAACAACUUUGAAACCAACUGAUGGAACUACGGCGAAGCCUACAACUUUGAAACUAACUGAGGGAACGAGUGCCAAGCCAACAACUUUGAAACCAACGGAAGGAACGACGGCCAAGCCUACAACUCUGAAACCAACUGAGGGAACAAGUGCCCAGCCAACAACUCUGAAGCCAACUGAGGGAACUACGGCGAAGCCUACAACUCUGAAGCCAACUGAGGGAACAAGUGCCCAGCCAACAACUUUAAAGCCAACUAAGGGAACUACGGCGAAGCCUACAACUUUGAAACCAACUGAGGGAACGAGUGCCAAGCCAACAACUUUGAAACCAACGGAAGGAACUACGGCGAAGCCUACAACUCUGAAGCCAACUGAGGGAACGAGUGCCAAGCCAACAACUUUGAAGCCAACUGAGGGAACUACGGCGAAGCCUACAACUUUGAAACCAACUGAGGGAACUACGGCCAAGCCUACAACUCUGAAGCCAACUGAUGGAACUACGGCGAAGCCUACAACUUUGAAACCAACUGAGGGAACGAGUGCCAAGCCAACAACUUUGAAGCCAACUGAGGGAACUACGGCGAAGCCUACAACUUUGAAACCAACUGAGGGAACUACGGCCAAGCCUACAACUCUGAAGCCAACUGAUGGAACUACGGCGAAGCCUACAACUUUGAAACCAACUGAGGGAACGAGUGCCAAGCCAACAACUUUGAAACCAACUGAUGGAACUACGGCGAAGUCUACAACUUUGAAACCAACUGAGGGAACGAGUGCCAAGCCAACAACUUUGAAACCAACGGAAGGAACUACGGCGAAGCCUACAACUCUGAAGCCAACUGAGGGAACUACGGCGAAGCCUACAACUUUGAAACCAACUGAGGGAACGAGUGCCAAGCCAACAACUUUGAAACCAACUGAGGGAACUACGGCGAAGCCUACAACUCUGAAGCCAACUGAGGGAACGAGUGCCCAGCCAACAACUUUGAAACCAACUGAGGGAACGAGUGCCAAGCCAACAACUUUGAAACCAACUGAUGGAACUACGGCGAAGCCUACAACUUUGAAACCAACUGAGGGAACGAGUGCCAAGCCAACAACUUUGAAACCAACUGAGGGAACUACGGCGAAGCCUACAACUCUGAAGCCAACAGAGGGAACGAGUGCCAAGCCAACAACUUUGAAGCCAACUGAGGGAACUACGGCGAAGCCUACAACUUUGAAACCAACUGAGGGAACUACGGCGAAGCCUACAACUUUGAAACCAACUGAAGGAACUACGGCGAAGCCUACAACUCUGAAGCCAACUGAGGGAACUAGUGCCAAGCCUACAACUUUGAAACCAACUGAAGGAACUACGGCGAAGCCUACAACUCUGAAGCCAACUGAGGGAACUACGGCCAAGCCUACAACUUUGAAACCAACUGAGGGAACUAGUGCCAAGCCUACAACUUUGAAACCAACUGAGGGAACUACGGCGAAGCCUACAACUCUGAACCAACUGAGGGAACGAGUGCCAAGCCAACACUUUGAACCAACUGAGGGAACUACGGCGAAGCCUACAACUUUGAAACCAACUGAGGGAACUACGGCGAAGCCUACAACUUUGAAACCAACUAAGGGAACUACGGCGAAGUCUACAACUCUGAAGCCAACUGAGGGAACGAGUGCCAAGCCAACAACUUUGAAACCAACGGAAGGAACUACGGCGAAGCCUACAACUCUGAAGCCAACUGAGGGAACGAGUGCCAAGCCAACAACUUUGAAACCAACUGAGGGAACUACGGCGAAGCCUACAACUCUGAAGCCAACUGAGGGAACUACGGCGAAGCCUACAACUUUGAAGCCAACUGAGGGAACGAGUGCCAAGCCUACAACUUUGAAACCAACGGAAGGAACUACGGCGAAGCCUACAACUCUGAAGCCAACUGAGGGAACGAGUGCCAAGCCAACAACUUUGAAACCAACUGAAGGAACUACUGCCAAGCCUACAACUCUGAAACCAACGGAAGGAACUACGGCGAAGCCUACAACUCUGAAGCCAACUGAGGGAACUACGGCGAAGCCUACAACUUUGAAACCAACUGAGGGAACAAGUGCCAAGCCAACAACUUUGAAACCAACUGAGGGAACUACGGCGAAGCCUACAACUCUGAAUGCCAAGCCAACAACUUUGAAACCAACUGAGGGAACUACGGCGAAGCCUACAACUCUGAAGCCAACUGAGGGAACGAGUGCCAAGCCAACAACUUUGAAGCCAACUGAGGGAACUACGGCGAAGCCUACAACUUUGAAACCAACUGAGGGAACAACUGCCCAGCCUACAACUUUGAAGCCAACUGAGGGAACUACGGCGAAGCCUACAACUCUGAAGCCAACUGAGGGAACAAGUGCCCAGCCAACAACUCUGAAGCCAACUGAGGGAACUACGGCCAAGCCUACAACUUUGAAACCAACUGAGGGAACGAGUGCCAAGCCUACAACUCUGAAGCCAACUGAGGGAACUACGGCCAAGCCUACAACUUUGAAGCCAACUGAGGGAACUAGUGCCCAGCCAACAACUCUGAAGCCAACUGAGGGAACAAGUGCCCAGUCAACAACUUUGAAGCCAACUGAGGGAACUACGGCGAAGCCUACAACUUUGAAGCCAACUGAGGGAACGAGUGCCAAGCCAACAACUUUGAAGCCAACUGAGGGAACUACGGCGAAGCCUACAACUUUGAAACCAACUGAGGGAACGAGUGCCAAGCCUACAACUUUGAAGCCAACUGAGGGAACUACGGCCAAGCCUACAACUUUGAAGCCAACUGAGGGAACUACGGCGAAGCCUACAACUUUGAAACCAACUGAGGGAACGAGUGCCAAGCCAACAACUUUGAAACCAACUGAGGGAACGAGUGCCAAGCCUACAACUCUGAAACCAACUGAGGGAACGAGUGCCAAGCCUACAACUUUGAAGCCAACUGAGGGAACAAGUGCCCAGCCAACAACUUUGAAACCAACUGAGGGAACGAGUGCCAAGCCAACAACUUUGAAACCAACUGAGGGAACUACGGCCAAGCCUACAACUCUGAAGCCAACUGAUGGAACUACGGCGAAGCCUACAACUCUGAAACCAACUGAGGGAACGAGUGCCAAGCCUACAACUUUGAAACCAACGGAAGGAACGACGGCCAAGCCUACAACUCUGAAACCAACUGAGGGAACGAGUGCCAAGCCAACAACUUUGAAACCAACUGAAGGAACGACGGCCAAGCCUACAACUCUGAAACCAACUGAGGGAACGAGUGCCCAGCCAACAACUCUGAAGCCAACUGAGAGAACAAGUGCCCAGCCAACAACUCUGAAGCCAACUGAGGGAACUACGGCGAAGCCUACAACUCUGAAGCCAACUGAGGGAACAAGUGCCCAGCCAACAACUCUGAAGCCAACUGAGGGAACUACGGCGAAGCCUACAACUCUGAAGCCAACUGAGGGAACGAGUGCCAAGCCAACAACUUUGAAGCCAACUGAGGGAACUACGGCGAAGCCUACAACUUUGAAACCAACUGAGGGAACGAGUGCCAAGCCAACAACUCUGAAGCCAACUGAGGGAACUACGGCCAAGCCUACAACUCUGAAGCCAACUGAUGGAACUACGGCGAAGCCUACAACUUUGAAACCAACUGAGGGAACGAGUGCCAAGCCAACAACUUUGAAACCAACGGAAGGAACGACGGCCAAGCCUACAACUCUGAAACCAACUGAGGGAACGAGUGCCAAGCCAACAACUUUGAAACCAACGGAAGGAACGACGGCCAAGCCUACAACUCUGAAACCAACUGAGGGAACGAGUGCCAAUGCCCAGCCAACAACUCUGAAGCCAACUGAGGGAACUACGGCGAAGCCUACAACUCUGAAACCAACUAAGGGAACGAGUGCCAAGCCAACAACUUUGAAACCAACUGAGGGAACGACGGCCAAGCCUACAACUCUGAAGCCAACUGAGGGAACUACGGCCAAGCCUACAACUUUGAAACCAACUGAGGGAACGAGUGCCAAGCCAACAACUUUGAAACCAACUGAGGGAACUACGGCGAAGCCUACAACUCUGAAGCCAACUGAGGGAACGAGUGCCCAGCCAACAACUUUAAAGCCAACUGAGGGAACUACGGCAAAGCCUACAACUUUGAAACCAACUGAGGGAACGAGUGCCAAGCCAACAACUUUGAAGCCAACUGAGGGAACUACGGCGAAGCCUACAACUCUGAAGCCAACUGAGGGAACGAGUGCCAAGCCAACAACUUUGAAACCAACUGAGGGAACUACGGCGAAGCCUACAACUUUGAAACCAACUGAGGGAACGAGUGCCAAGCCAACAUCUUUGAAACCAACUGAGGGAACUACGGCGAAGCCUACAACUUUGAAACCAACUGAGGGAACUACGGCGAAGCCAACAACUUUGAAACCAACUGAUGGAACGAGUGCCAAGCCUACAACUCUGAAACCAACUGAGGGAACGAGUGCCCAGCCAACAACUUUGAAGCCAACUGAGGGAACUACGGCGAAGCCUACAACUUUGAAACCAACUGAGGGAACUACGGCGAAGCCUACAACUCUGAAGCCAACUGAGGGAACAAGUGCCCAGCCAACAACUUUAAAGCCAACUGAGGGAACUACGGCGAAGCCUACAACUUUGAAACCAACUGAGGGAACGAGUGCCAAGCCAACAACUUUGAAACCAACUGAGGGAACUACGGCCAAGCCUACAACUCUGAAGCCAACUGAGGGAACGAGUGCCAAGCCAACAACUUUGAAGCCAACUGAGGGAACUACGGCGAAGCCUACAACUCUGAAACCAACUGAGGGAACGAGUGCCAAGCCAACAACUCUGAAGCCAACUGAUGGAACUACGGCGAAGCCUACAACUUUGAAACCAACUGAGGGAACGAGUGCCAAGCCAACAACUUUGAAGCCAACUGAGGGAACUACGGCGAAGCCUACAACUCUGAAACCAACUGAGGGAACGAGUGCCAAGCCAACAACUUUGAAACCAACUGAUGGAACUACGGCGAAGCCUACAACUUUGAAACCAACUGAGGGAACUAGUGCCAAGCCUACAACUUUGAAACCAACUGAGGGAACUACUGCCAAGCCUACAACUUUGAAGCCAACUGAGGGAACGAGUGCCAAGCCUACAACUUUGAAACCAACUGAGGGAACGAGUGCCAAGCCUACAACUUUGAAGCCAACUGAGGGAACUACGGCGAAGCCUACAACUUUGAAGCCAACUGAGGGAACGAGUGCCAAGCCAACAACUUUGAAACCAACUGAGGGAACUACGGCCAAGCCUACAACUCUGAAGCCAACUGAUGGAACUACGGCGAAGCCUACAACUUUGAAACCAACUGAGGGAACGAGUGCCAAGCCAACAACUUUGAAACCAACGGAAGGAACUACGGCCAAGCCUACAACUCUGAAACCAACUGAGGGAACGAGUGCCAAGCCAACAACUUUGAAACCAACGGAAGGAACGACGGCCAAGCCUACAACUCUGAAACCAACUGAGGGAACGAGUGCCCAGCCAACAACUCUGAAGCCAACUGAGAGAACAAGUGCCCAGCCAACAACUCUGAAGCCAACUGAGGGAACUACUGCGAAGCCUACAACUUUGAAGCCAACUGAGGGAACAAGUGCCCAGCCAACAACUCUGAAGCCAACUGAGAGAACAAGUGCCCAGCCAACAACUCUGAAGCCAACUGAGGGAACUACGGCGAAGCCUACAACUCUGAAACCAACUAAGGGAACGAGUGCCAAGCCAACAACUUUGAAACCAACGGAAGGAACGACGGCCAAGCCUACAACUCUGAAGCCAACUGAGGGAACUACGGCGAAACCUACAACUUUGAAACCAACUGAGGGAACGAGUGCCAAGCCAACAACUUUGAAACCAACUGAGGGAACUACGGCCAAGCCUACAACUCUGAAGCCAACUGAUGGAACUACGGCGAAGCCUACAACUUUGAAACCAACUGAGGGAACGAGUGCCAAGCCAACAACUUUGAAACCAACGGAAGGAACGACGGCCAAGCCUACAACUCUGAAACCAACUGAGGGAACGAGUGCCAAGCCAACAACUUUGAAGCCAACUGAGGGAACUACGGCGAAGCCUACAACUUUGAAACCAACUGAGGGAACGAGUGCCAAGCCAACAACUUUGAAACCAACUGAGGGAACUACGGCCAAGCCUACAACUCUGAAGCCAACUGAUGGAACUACGGCGAAGCCUACAACUUUGAAACCAACUGAGGGAACGAGUGCCAAGCCAACAACUUUGAAACCAACGGAAGGAACGACGGCCAAGCCUACAACUCUGAAGCCAACUGAGGGAACUACGGCGAAGCCUACAACUCUGAAACCAACUGAGGGAACGAGUGCCAAGCCAACAACUUUGAAACCAACGGAAGGAACGACGGCCAAGCCUACAACUCUGAAGCCAACUGAGGGAACUACGGCGAAGCCUACAACUCUGAAACCAACUGAGGGAACGAGUGCCAAGCCAACAACUUUGAAACCAACGGAAGGAACGACGGCCAAGCCUACAACUCUGAAGCCAACUGAGGGAACGAGUGCCAAGCCAACAACUUUGAAACCAACGGAAGGAACGACGGCCAAGCCUACAACUCUGAAACCAACUGAGGGAACGAGUGCCAAGCCAACAACUUUGAAACCAACGGAAGGAACGACGGCCAAGCCUACAACUCUGAAACCAACUGAGGGAACGAGUGCCAAGCCAACAACUUUGAAGCCAACUGAGGGAACUACGGCGAAGCCUACAACUUUGAAACCAACUGAGGGAACGAGUGCCAAGCCAACAACUUUGAAACCAACUGAGGGAACUACGGCCAAGCCAACAACUUUGAAACCAACUGAGGGAACUACGGCCAAGCCUACAACUCUGAAGCCAACUGAUGGAACUACGGCGAAGCCUACAACUUUGAAACCAACUGAGGGAACGAGUGCCAAGCCAACAACUUUGAAGCCAACUGAGGGAACUACGGCGAAGCCUACAACUCUGAAACCAACUGAGGGAACGAGUGCCAAGCCAACAACUUUGAAACCAACUGAGGGAACUACGGCGAAGCCUACAACUCUAAAGCCAACUGAGGGAACAAGUGCCCAGCCAACAACUCUGAAGCCAACUGAUGGAACUACGGCGAAGCCUACAACUUUAAAACCAACUGAGGGAACGAGUGCCAAGCCAACAACUCUGAAGCCAACUGAGGGAACUACGGCGAAGCCUACAACUCUAAAGCCAACUGAGGGAACAAGUGCCCAGCCAACAACUCUGAAGCCAACUGAUGGAACUACGGCGAAGCCUACAACUUUGAAACCAACUGAGGGAACGAGUGCCAAGCCAACAACUUUGAAACCAACGGAAGGAACGACGGCCAAGCCUACAACUCUGAAGCCAACUGAGGGAACUACGGCGAAGCCUACAACUCUGAAACCAACUGAGGGAACGAGUGCCAAGCCAACAACUUUGAAACCAACGGAAGGAACGACGGCCAAGCCUACAACUCUGAAGCCAACUGAGGGAACGAGUGCCAAGCCAACAACUUUGAAACCAACGGAAGGAACUACGGCGAAGCCUACAACUCUGAAGCCAACUGAGGGAACGAGUGCCAAGCCAACAACUUUGAAACCAACGGAAGGAACGACGGCCAAGCCUACAACUCUGAAGCCAACUGACGGAACAACGCCAGAACGGACUUCUCAGAAGACGACAACCUUGAAGCCAACAUCGGAGAAGACGACAACCGAAUCUCUUCCUCCGUUUAAUAUCUUUGAUGUGAUAACUGGAACACCAUUACCAAGCACGCUCAAUAUUUCAUAAAGCACCAUCAAACAGAACUACAGUAGUGAUAAACCAUUGAAUCCGUAAUUAAUGUAAAUUUUAAUUCUAGUAAGCUAUCAACAACAACCACUUAGUAAUAAAAUGAUACAUUCCAAAGAUU